AUGAGGGUUCCACAGGGGACGGAAACCCUGAAGCGGAGGGCGAGCUUCCUGAGGGAGUCGCUGCACAAGAGCCAGACAGUCACGGAGGGAAUGGUCUCCAUUCUUGGCUCCUUCGACCAACGUCUCUCCUCCCUCGAGACCGCCAUGCGCCCCACUCAGGUAGGAAUUCGGCUCUUCCAAAGUCGGUGUCCAGAAUUGACGGUUCUUCUGUCUCAUUCCUUUGCCCUCAGUACUCGUUCUGGCGCGAUCUGGCGGAAUUUCUCACCUGGCCUUUAAAAUGUUCAUCACGUUGCCGGAUUUCGGAACCUUCCUCUCUCUAUUCUCGAUCGGCACUUUGAAGUUGUCCUCUUGAAUUCUCUCCCGAUGUCAUCAUGCAGGUGAGAACGCAUGCCGUCAGGAGAGCUCACGAAAACAUCGACAAGACACUGAAGUCGGCCGAUGUAAUCCUGGUUCAGUUUGAUCUGUCACGCGAGGUGUUCUCCUUUCCCAAUCUAUCGCCCUUUAUGGUUUAAUUGGUUUCCUCGUGCAUACUUUAGAUCUUUGAAUCUUAAACCUUAGUGCCCAGCAUAAUAGGAGCUUGGGAUGGGAAAAAUAAGUGUGACAUUUGCUUGGGGUGAUUAGAAGUAAGCUUUGGAGGUAGACAGCUUUUUAACUCAAACUCAAGGUGUAGCCCUAUCAUCAUCAUUCAUGGAUCCGCCAAGGGAAUAAUUUUGUGCUUAAGAGUUCAACCAAUGCCAACCGGUAAAAAAAUAAAAGAGAGGCCGUCCUCCUUGUACACUGCGAUUGUUUCGAACGAGCACAAAAUUAAAUUGUCCUUAUCAGUUAUUAGGGAACUGAGAGAAGGUCUUAAACAACCAGAAAUAUGCAAAUAUUGGGAACAGAAAGUUGUUAAUUACGUGAGCCAAAGAAGUCAGACUAUGAUCAGGUUUUGACGAUUUUAUGUGGAACCUCCUACAGUCUAUGAUCCCCUGAGAGCAAACUCUUCGUCUGCAUUAAUGUCAUCCCCUUUAGAGUUUUUGUUUAAUCUCUAUCCCUUUCAAAUUAAUCAUAGUCGAGACAAUCCUUUCUUUCGAUGAAAGAAAUUACAUUGACUUUGGUGUAUUUCAUGUACGGCUCUCAUACUUCUCUCUGCAACCAUCUGUUUCUUUAUCUUUCCCACAUUUCAGUUAUUAUCUCCUCUAGGGUAAGAAUUUAAUUGACCUCACAAAAUGUUUCUUUAAAUCGGAAUUGGAGACGCUGAGUAUGGAGUUUGGACGUAUUCGGUUGCCAGGUAGACCGCUAAUCUUCUCCCCCCUCCCCCCUCCAGAACAGUAGGGAGACCACUCACAUACUGCAUAGCUAUAUGCACAUUUCAUGUUUUUUUGGCAUCAAAUUUGUUGCUAUAUGUUUUUUUCAUAUGAAAAUUGAUCAUCACUUUUUGAAGAUGUAGGCAGAAGCAAAGAUCCGGAAAGGGCCACAUGAGGAUUUAGACGGUUUUUUGGAGGCCGUGGAGCAACUAAGAAAGAAUUUCUCUUUCUUCAGCUCCACAAAAUCUUUCAAGAGUAGUGAUGGGGUGCUUAACCAUGUAAAUGAUUUGUUGUCACAAGCUAUUUUAAAUUUAGAGGAGGAAUUCAAGCAGUUGUUGUCUUCUUACAGGUUUGUUACUACACAGCUGGCAACCUGCAUCGUAUUCAUAUGCUUGCUUACUAGUUAGGAACUAAAUUUUCAUUCUAAAACAUUUCAUUCAUUAUAGUGAUGUGAUGGUGCAAGGUUUCCUCAUGCAUUAGAAUAAAAUUCUUCCUAUCAUAUUUUUCGUUCACUAUUUAUGCUAGAGGUUCUUUCCUACGUUAACAUUUUUUGAGUUUAAUAAUACCUAACAUCAGGCAUAAGGUGGUGUAUUUGCACAAUGAAGAAGAAAAUGGGAAUGAUUAGUAUAUGAGAUAAAAAAAAAAGGAAAGUUAUGCUACUCAUUGAGAUAAUCAUCAACACGAGACCAAAAUUAUAUGAUGAAAUGUUUUUAUUUGAAAACAUGUGGGCAACAGUAAUGGGUGAGGAAGCUUGUGGAGUGUGUAUGAGGUUUACUGGCAGACACACAUGACUAUUUUGAAGGCAUUAAUGCAGAUAUAUGUAGGAGCUGUUUAAAAUUUUUGAAACGGCUCCAAAGGGGAAGAUGAAGAUUACGAAGUGGUUAGAUGGAAGGAAGGAAGAACAACCGUGAAAGGCUGUUUGGCUAGACAUGAACACAAAUGGUGUUCUUGUGCCAUGCUGUGUUAAAUGGCUUUUUGAAAUUUAAUGUUUAAGAAGAAACAAAUAUUCGUAUUAUCUAUAUAAUUUUUGUGAUUAUUUCAUCUUUGUACAUAUGUAUGCUUUAUCUUAUUAAUCUAAUACUUUACAUAAAAAAAGAUUUAAAACGUAUUAAAAAUGGCUUUGCUAAACUGCACCUUGUUACCUUAAAACCUUUUUUGUGCGUUAUGUGGAAUAAUAGCGCAAGGAAAUGGUGAUUGGCGAUUCUGCCAACAAUAUGUUGUUGGCAAGGAUUGAAGAAAGGAGCAAAUUUGUGGUGAUCCCUUCUUGUCCUCCUCCUUCCUCUAGUUAGAUGAGUAGAGGAUUAUGUGAGGAACGUUUUUUUAUGUGUAUAAUUUUUUUGUCUUUAGUUAUACAACAUUGUAAUCUCUAUGUUUAAUAAUUGUUAAUGUGUUUCACUUUAAGAAAAAAAAUAUAGUUGUCACCGUUGAGCUCAAACCCUAAUCUAUUGCCUUGGAAAAGUGAAGUUCAAGUAAUUACAACAUCCUGACAUGGUAGUGAUGUGUAACAGUAGAUAGUAUGGGCAAUGGAGAAGUCAUUUUUACACAUGACUUAAUCCUGAGCACGGUUGCUCUUAAAAUCCCUUUAUUUUUGGAGUUCUUUUCUCCAUGUUUCAUUAUGAAAGCAUACUUUUGGUGGCUAACAUCAGGCAAUAACUUUAUUUAACGCUAAGAAAACUUUAAAAUCACUGUCAUCGAUAGUCACUCCUCGUCAGUAACAGUUAGCUUUGUUCACAAAGAAUCAAGUACCACAGUAAGAUUACUCGAGGGAUUCAAUAAGAUAUUGCUUCCCAAUGCCAUUGUGGCCCUGAAAGAGAGAAAUUAUGGCAUUGCUGUAGGAACACUUAUAAAAGAAAUAGAGAUGGUUUUAAGAUUUUUUUUGAAAGCAAACCCUUUCAGUCGUGAUAAUCUCUAUAGCUGAAGAGAACUUUUCUCCACAGCCACUAAACUAGGAGUAUCGCCAGCAGUUUGUGUUGUUGCAUACUGAGUUCCUCUGAACUCCGGGAUGGCAUAGAUAAGCACUCUGAGUAGUGUUACUAAGUUCUGAAUAAUCCAAUAAUGUUCUAACAGUAAUAUGUACGGUCAGGCGUUUAAAUGAGUACUGAAUAGUCUGACACAAGAUGUAUGAAGGUAUAUGGUCAUAUAGCGUUUAAUUGUCUUUGUUGUCAUAACACAUGUAAUUAACGGCCUCUGUUUUUCAUAUCCAGAAACCACAAAAUUAGUCAAACAAUAACCAACAAAAGUCUGGAAAUGGAUCUCAGAGACUGUUCCAGAAAAACAAAAGGUAGUUAAACUACCAAAUAAAUCAGUUUCACCUGCAAACUUAGGCAGCGACACUGAACUAUUUUCUUCCUUUUUUGUUGGUAUGCCAUUACGUAAGAAUUGAGAUUAUUAUGAUUACUAUCUUGAGAAGCUUUAAAUAAAAAAUGUCCGUGUAGAUACCAUUAAAAAAUAAGAAACUCUACUUCAACCAAAAGGAUUUCACCUUUCCUUUUUUGUGUUAUUUUUUUUCGUCUCAAUAUUUAUCAUGUGUAAUAGCAAGGUAGUUUUAAAGCUUUGUUUAAUUAUCAUUGAAGAAUCUGUUUCAGUUAUAAAUAGGAUAUAUGCUGUAUUGAUAUUUUCUAUUUUUUCAAUGAUAUCCUUGGGUGGCUUGGCCUGGUAUUUUAAAUAUUAUUUAGGAUUCUUCAUAUAUAAUUGCUUAUGUGUGUAUGAUUUAUUGCUUCUUUAGCUCAUGAUAAAUACGGAUCCUAUUUCUCUUUCGUUUUUCAACUACUAAAUUUCAUCUGCGGUUAUGGGUGUGUGGGCAACCUAACUGUGAUUCUGGUGUGAGUUCUGAUCCCCUCACCUUGUAUUGCAGCAAACCGCUGGAGCCUGACAGCAUAUUUGAGUGUCUCCCGAACACUUUGCAGCUAUCUUCUGAGGCACAUGGAAACCACAGCGAUGCUAAUCCUAAAACCCCAUCUGCAACUACUCACAUUGAGCAACACACGAAAGUUGCAGAUACUGCAGUGUACAAACUUCCGGUUUUGAUUCCGCCAAGGAUCUUGCCUGUCCUGCAUGAUCUUGCAGAACAGAUGGUCCAAGCUGGGAAUGGUCAAGAUUGUGUUAUUGUCUACAGGUAUAUUUAUGCUGGCUGCCUUAGUUGAUUUGGUAUCAAAUUCUUUUCUUUGCAUUCAAUUAUCAUGUAAAAUAGACCUUAUGUCUACGUUCGAGUGAUGUAGUGAAGAAGAUUUGCUUGACAUAUACUGUAUUUUGAACCAGUUUACCUUACUUCAGUAUCAUCAUUGUCAUGAUCCUUAUCAUGAUAAUGUUUUAUCCUAUCGUUUAAGGCUGGUGUAGGAUCUGGAGUAGCAGAACUUGGUGGCGGUACAUAGAUUUUCCGGUUUUCUGUCAUUAUGAUGUUAACCUCCAUUUUAUUAUGCCAAAUUUGGUUCAUGUUUUAAGAAAGUAAAAUCCGGAUACCUUUGUUGGAGUACCCAAAAUAGCUGUUGUCUGCUAAUGAGAUCCGCUGGGGAAACUUGUGAAAUUUCGAUUGUCCAGAAACGAACUCAAUUGCUUUCUGAAAUAAGAUAUGUGUUCACACCUCCCAACCCUGGGCAAUUGUCUGGGCUUACUUCUCUUGCUUCCAGAGUGUCAGUGUCUUCACUUUUAGUUGGUGAGUGACUACGGUUGGCCAUCUUCUGUGUGGGAGCUCUUUGUCUCCCAAGCUCAAGGCUUAAAGGGGUUCUGCCUGCGUUGAGUGUGCUGAUCCUCUGAUAUCUGAUCCACCAGAAUAUUAUAUAGGUAAGGUACCUGGGAUAGUGCGUGCGUCAUUUUUGGUUUUGGGGAUGGAUUUGACGUUGUAUUGUCACGUUGUUCAGUUUUUUGCUCUGUAUUUCUUUAUUGAAAUGUCUGUGCAUUAUCACUGUCUUUAAACGGGUGAGUUUUUUAUUGGUUUUCUGUCAUGAUUUAUGUAGUCCAUUCAUGCCCUACUAUUUGUCUGAUUUGCCUGGAGACCACAUGCUUAACUUUUAUUCUCAGUAAACUGUGUCGGUCUACUUCUCUUUAGGGAAAUGCGUGCGCCGAUUAUGGAACAGACACUUAGAAAACUCGGAGUGGAGAAGCUUAGUAAGGACGAUGUGCAGAAAAUGCCGUGGGAGGCAUUGGAAGCUAAAAUCGGGAAUUGGAUUCACUUCAUGAGAAUUGCGGUAUUGAAUUCAGUUGUUAUGCAUAUAGUGAUCCCCAGUUUCUAUUUCAAUUGCUGACUCUGUUUGGAACAGGUAAAAUUAUUGUUUGCAGGGGAGAAAAAUGUUUGUGAUCAAAUAUUUAACGGUUUUGAGUCUCUAAAGGACCAGUGCUUUGCUCAUGUAACUGCCAGUAGUGUAGAGAUGCUCCUUAGUUUUGGAGAUGCUGUGGCCAAAAGCAAAAGGUCUCCAGAGAAGUUAUUUGUUCUUCUAGACAUGUAUGAGAUAAUGAGAGAGCUUCAGCCAGAGGUAGAGUUGGUUCAUUCUAUGAAUGUUGCAUGUGAUGAUUUUUUUUUUAACAAAGGAGAGUCGAGCUUCAGUUUUCUUCUCAUUCCGCUUCCACUUGCAAUAGGAAAUGUUCAUCACAUAUUCUAGUUGAUCGAAAGAUAAUUUAUAAUUGUGAAUUCCUUAAUUAUAGUGUUGAAACGUUUACGUCAAAAUCAUGGACUCUUUAAAUUCUCAGAUUUUAGCGUUGCUGGAAAAACGGUAAUAUUGGGACUAUUUUAAAUGUGAUCUUAGGAAUUCAAUCAUUUUGAACGCUGAUAAGUUUUCCACUUGUUAGUCUAGCUAAUGUUGAUAUUAUGUUCGACGCUGCAGAAAAUGCUACUAUGAUGUGAUUUCGAUGAUCAUAAAAAUUCAGAUUUACAGCUCCAACUAUUUUGGGUAUCAUGCAAGUUUGACUCUCGUUCAUAGUUGCCAAGAUGAGAAAUCCUUCAAUCAUAUUUUUCAAUUCUAAUAUAGUCAAGUUUUAAAACUGUCUGGUCAACGCAUCCAGUAGGGUCGAGCUAUCUAAUCUUUAUGAUCCCAGAAUGUUAAGUUGGGAGCUGCCGAUCUUCUAUUAUGUCUACACUGCAUGUCUGAGGACCCUUUUUUCAGGACACGUCAAGCCAUGUAUCUUGUUGACGUACAUCAGACCAGAAAAAACUUAUUACUCUAGCUAUUUUUUAGCUGUUAUUAGGACGUUAGAUCUUGUUGACAACUCUCAAUGGCUAGUGGGGCAUCCCAGGGAGAACACCUUAAGAGCCUUCGUUGAAAACAAAGGAUGGAAAGGGGAUUUCGAGACAAAGUUUGCUUAUUCAUGAAAUCUAAGAGUUCGAAACUUUUAGUGCAUUUUCAACCAAGAAAAACGAAUGCCCCUUAAAUCAACACGGAAGUCGUGCACGGUUAUUGAUGACUGUAUGCAAUUUUGUAAUCGUUUUGCAUUAUCUUUCGUAUCGUUAACCUUUUAGGAAGUCUCAUUUUAAGCAUUCAAGGAAGAAUACCUAAUGUUUGUGUUUGAGAAAUUUUGAACAUUUAUGGAGAGACGGUACACCUAGUCUAGGAAUGCAAUAGGUGAACGUUGUGAGCAUUUUAUCAAGUGACUUUAGAUCAUUUUGCUUCGUUUGGGUAUGUUCUUCUCAUAUAUCUGGAAAAGGUUUCAGCUCAUCACAGGACCUUGCCCUCCUCUCCCACUCUUUAGUUCUUAAGUUCUAUGUUCAAGGGACCAACAAAAGCUGUCACCUGUAGGUCAAUUGUCCAAAUAUUUGCCGAGGGCAUUCUCCUAUUGACACAAGAAAAUCUGGGACAUUGUAAUAUAUUUCAAAGAUCUAGAAGGUUCUGACAUUGUAAGGAAUAUGAUUGCACUUUGAAGUUCCUGUUUAUCCUUUCAGUUGCCAGACAUUCACAAAUUUGAUGAUAUGAUGAUUAAAAGAGACUCAAUUUGUUUUCUACGUUAUCCAUUUGGCACAAAUUUCAGUUGCACUUUGUUUUCUCUGGAUUUUUGUAUAAUUUGAAUGAGAAUCUGAUCUACAUGUUUUGCCCGCACAACAUCUGUAUUUGGCAGUGGAUUAAAUGUUUAGAACUCUCCUUGGAGAUGAUGCAUACGUCACUUCUGUCGUUAAAAACUGAUGGAAAGGCUGGCUGGAGUUAGAUGGUUGCAUAAAUAUAUCAAUAAAUGAAUAAAAUUUACCCUGCCCAGUCUGGUUUUCCCAGGCGUGGGCCUCAUAAUCAAGCACAGAAAGAAAUGGGCAUCAUCCAGCCCAACCUGUUGCUAGAGCAGGGUUCGACUAAGAACCUCGGAUCUCAUUUUCGUCUGGGACGUGACUGUCUUAAAGCCACUCAUAUAGACGACUCAAACAGACGGGAAAUCGCAUCCUAGGCUAGGAAGGACCAGCGUAGGGAGGUCUUGUGUUUCAUAGGGCUUAACAUGGAGCUAUUUUUUGGGCUUUUGUGUGGGCUGGGUCUUGAAAAAACUGUCUGGACUUGAGCUGGCUUUAGCCAGGCCCAGGCCAACCUCAGUCUGUCGAUUCCCUGAUCUGUGAAACCAUGUUCUGGCCCUAAGUGGGGAGAAUCUGGUAAAUAAUCAUAGUAUUAAUUGGUCAUAGUGUUUCAAAUAUUUGGUAAUGGUCAUCCAGGUUUAAGGUGAUCCACCUCUGAUGCUGUAUGAUUUUGAUGAUUGCUCAAGUAAAAUAUGGAAAAAUAUCAAAAAGGUAUACUAGUUUUAAUUUGAUUCUGAAAAGGUGUCUUCAUGAACCGGAUGAUUAAUUUCUCAAAUGCCAGAUGUACAGACAACCCUAAAGCUAGACUUGAUUUUUUUUCUCGGGCGUAUUCUAAUUUGAAUUUGUUUUCGUUCUCUAACAAUUCUGGUCUUUGUUCUUCUGUCCUUUCAAAAAUUUCUGCCAGAUCAAAACGCUUUUUGAGGGCAAACCAUGCUCAGAGAUGCGGGAGUCUUUAUUGCUCUUGACAAAACAGUUGGCUAAGACCGCACAAGAAACCUUUGGUGAUUUUGAAGAAGCGGUUGAGAAGGAUGCUUCGAGGACUACUGUUGCAGAUGGAACUGUCCAUCCUCUGACCAGCUAUGUGAUCAACUAUGUGAAAUUUCUAUUCGAGUGAGUUAUCCGACUUUUCUUCUGGGCUCCACAUAUUGCUUUAAACCUGGAUCUGAAUGUUCCAUAGUUUAUUCUGUGGCUUGGUGUUAUUUCCGCCACACUAUUCCCUGCAAUUACAUAAUGAAUAUUUCUUUGAAUUCAUUUUUUGUCUCUAAUUUUUCAAUGGCUGCUGUUAGCCAUUUUUUUCUCUAUUUCCUGAAUUCUCCGGUAACAGGCCUUUGGUAGAUUAGGAGGACGAUCGGGUUGCUUUGACUGGGUUUCAAUCUCGUGACAUUAGGAGACUCGUGGUGGAUAGUAUCCAUCAAUCAGGCAUAAGCCUUUUCUCAUCAAUCUAGUGCAUAUAGAUCCAACCAGAAAAGUUCAAGGGCAAUUGUUAAGUUUUCUGACCAGGUGGCCUCCCUAGUCCCUGCCCUUGGGCAAAGUGGGUUGAACCUCAGGGAUAAGGUAACUUUGAGCAGAUAAAUAGCCUACCAAAAGCUCCAUUACACAGCUGCGGUUUUGUUGGCCGUUUAAGUUUGGCCACUCAUCGACUGACUCUCAAUAAUCUCGACUCUUUUGUCUUUGUUUAGGUGUUGUAUUCCGUAGAAGGUGAGGCUGAGAAUUCAAUUUUUUGGCUUUUGAUGACUUUCUAUUUCAGCUCAACACUCCUCAUCGACCAUUAUUGACAUUCCAUGUGUUCUUCUGUUUAUUACUUGAUGGACCGUGGUUAACUUUAGCUGUCAUUUACUUUAAUCCUCUGGGCAUCAUUCACGCUUACCUGAAAAAAGUCUCUGUUGAAACGUCCCCAGCUACCAGUCAACGUUGGACUUACUCUUCCAAGAGUUUGAUACCGGAGGCAAACCAGACAAUCAUCUGGCCAAUGUGACGAUGAAGAUUAUGAACGCUCUUCAGGCAAACCUCGACGUGAAGUCCAAGCUGUAUAAAGAUCCUGCCUUGACCCACAUAUUCCUCAUGAACAACAUUCAUUAUAUGGUCAGAUCUGUCCGCAGGUGAGAAAUACCCAACCUUACCCUAUUAAGAACACCUUAAUCAUCACAGACAUGACAAGAGGCGCUUCAUUACUGUGAUCAGAUCGGAAGCUAAGAAUCUAUUAGGCGAUGAUUGGGUUCAAAGACAUCGGAGGAUUGUUCAGCAGAAUGCAAAUCAGUAUAAGAGAGUUGCUUGGUCUAAGGUUUGCUGCUUGAACAUUUUUCUUUUUCCGUCUAUCUGAUACCGCCACAGUAUUUGGAAAAUUAUUGACGUUCCGGCCAUUGUUUGCCGUUCAUUGACCUUCAGUGGUUCUGGACAUCUCACUAUGUUGACUUAUCUCUUUUCUUCUCUAAGAUAUAGUCGGAGGUUUCAUCUCUUUCUAAAGAAAGGGAAUUCCUUGUGCCGGGCUGAGAACUUUGCCUUGUCUCUGUGGUGCUUCAGAUUCUUCAGAGCCUCACGAUCCAAGUGAGCGGCACCACCGGCAGCGCCGGCGGCGGAAUGGGGAGCGAGGGCGGCAGCAGCGGGGUUUCAAGGGCUACGGUCAAAGAGAGGUGCCGAGAGACGAUCUAAAUAUCUUCUUUCUCUUCUUUUCUUUCUGGGUUUUCGGCAUCGAGGGGAGGCCUGAGCUGGCGGCGGCUCUCUGUUGCCAGGUUCAAGUCGUUCAACAUGCAGUUUGAAGAACUUCAUCAGCGCCAGUCACAGUGGACGGUGCCCGACCCCGAGCUGCGGGAGUCCCUCCGCCUCUCCAUCGCCGAGAUUCUCCUGCCUGCCUACAGAAGCUUCAUCAAACGGUUUGGGUAUCUCUCUCUCUCUCUCUCUCUCUCUCUCUCUCUCUCUCUCUCUCAUAUGGAGGGUCAGGUGGGUCUGGUCAAUCUAAAGUCCGGGUUCGAAUGGGUCCGGUUGGGAGCUCAUCUUUCAGCCUCUGGACUCCGCUGACUGCAGUCAACGUCCAGCGAGUUGUAUCCUGAGCUGCUCUCUCUCUCCUUCUUUCAGGCCUCUCAUAGAUGCCAACAAGAACCCCGAAAAGUACCGCAAGUACACGCCGGAGGGCCUGGAUCAGAUGCUCGGCGAGUUCUUCGAAGGCAAGACCUAG